GUAUUCAAAGAUUCUGUCACGCCUAGCUAUAAUGAAACCUUCAACUUUUGGCUAAAAAAACAGCAUGGACGACACUCGCUUUGGUUCCAUUUAUAUCACAAUGGUGAUGCGCACACGUUGAUCGGUGAAGCAGAAAUGGAAAUCGGUGAAAUGCCGCGCUCUGUCACCACAUGGAUACCACUAACCGAUUCACGCAAAUGUAAUGCACAGUGGGGCGAAUUAAUGUUCUCUCUAAGCUAUUUGCCCACAGCCGAACGCCUUACAAUUGUUAUAGUGAAAGCGCGAAAUUUAAAAAUGGAAAUAAAAGAAAGUGGUAAAAACGGCGCACCACAGGAGGUACAAAGCGUUUUCGUGAAGGUCUACUUGAUGAACAACGAGAAGAAAGUGCUUAAGAAACGCACCUCACUGAAACGUCGCGAUCGCUGCCCCAUCUUUAAUGAAUCGAUGAUUUUCAGUGUGCCACCGCCAAGCCUUACCACCGUACAGCUGCGUCUCACCGUUUUUGGUGUAACCGAUGCUGAGGAUGGCGCACCGCGUAUUGCGCCAAUUGGACAUGUGAUAGCCGGUGCCUGUGCCACGGGCAAGGGAUUGCGCCAUUGGCAUCAAAUGCUCUCCUCGCUACGCAAACCGGUGGCAAUGUGGCAUGUGCUGCGACGCGCCUCCUAUCAGCCGAUAUUUACCGGUGGCGCUGAGGCAGUUGUAGCCGCUAUGCAGAGCACCGCCUUACGUGCCAAGCGUAACAGUAUUAUUUAA